AUGGACUUAAAUCAAUUUGUGAAUCAGGUUAGAGUACCAACUAACAGUUCAAAGAUAUGGAAGGAUGAAUGUGCAUAUUCAUUCAAUACUGCUGAAAAAGGAGAUGGAUUAUUUGUUGAUCUAAAUAGUUUUAUAGCAGUUUCUAGACCAUGGUUAAAUUUAAACUUGUCAAAGACACAACAUAAUCUUUAUUUAAAUAUUAAAAAGGUUGUUGUACCAUCAGAGAGAUCAACUAAUCCCAAUCCAUCACCACCAAAGAAAUUGGCUAUUGGUGUAGAAGGUGGUUUCAACGAUGAGGAUCAGGUCAAAUACGAAGAUAAAUACUCACUCUAUGUACAUCCAAACAAUCAAUACUUUGAUUUAACCGAUCCAUCAAUCCCACCAAAGAUUCUCGAGAGUAUGAACGAGGUCAUUAGAAUCAACAGUCAAAGUAGAAAGGAAGAGAUUGUUGGUUGGUCUGCAGAUCAAGUAUUACCAUCAAAACAUGCCGAUAAUCUAAAACAAUUAGAUAAUGGUAUUAAAAUUGGUCCAAAAGAUUGGAAAUGUUCUCAUCAAGGAUGUGAUAAAUUAGAGAAUUUAUGGUUAAAUUUAAGUGAUGGUUAUAUUGGAUGUGGUAGACAAUAUUCAGAUGGAACUGGAGGUAAUGGACAUGCACUCAAACAUUAUGAUGAGACUAAAUAUCCAUUGUCUGUUAAAUUGGGUACCAUUAGCAAGGAUGGAGCCGAUGUCUAUUCUUAUCCAGAGGAUGAUAUGGUGUCUGAUCCUCACUUAGCUCAACACCUCGAACAUUUUGGUAUCAAUAUUCUCAACAUGCAAAAGACUGAAAAGUCAAUGGCCGAACUUGAAUUGGAUCAAAACUUAAACUUUGAAUUUGGUAAAAUCUUGGAAAAGGGUAAAGAAUUGGAAAAUGCUUUUGGUCCUGGUAUGACUGGUAUUGAAAAUCUUGGUAAUACAUGUUACAUGUCAUCAGUACUUCAAACAGUAUUUGCAACUCCACAUUUUUUGAAUAGAUAUUUAAAUCAAAGACAACAUACAUUUAAAGAAAUUACUCAAGAUCCAUCUCAAUCAUUUGAAAUUCAAAUGUCCAAAUUGGCAGAUGGUAUUCAAUCUGGUGAUUAUUCAGUUCCAGAAGCUUCAAAUGUUGCAAAAAGUGAAGAAGAAUAUUCAAAAGCUUCACAAAUUGGAAUUGCACCAAAAAUGUUUAAGAGUUUAGUUUCUGGUAAACAUCCAUUAUUCUCUACAUUCCAACAACAAGAUGCACUGGAAUAUUUCCAAUAUUUAUUAGAGUCGAUUGACAAGCAUGAAAAGACUAGACCAAGUUGGAUCAAGGAGGAUAAUCCAACCAAAGCAUUUACCUUUAUCCAAGAGGAUCGUAUUCAAUGUGGCACCUCUGGCAAGGUAAAGUACAGUAGAAAGAUGGAUAACAUUCUCUCACUCAACAUUACAUUGGAAGCUACCACCAACAAGGAAGCUGUACAUCUCUACGAACAACAAGUUGAACUCAAUGGUGGCAAAAAAGACCCAAAUGUUGAAGAAGUCAGACCAAUCAUCCCACUCCAAGCUUGUAUUAAUAAUUUCAUCGAAUCUUACAAAGUUGAUGAUUUCUAUAGUAGUGCUAUUAACUCUAAAACUUUUUCAAUCAAUUCAAGUAGAAUGGAAACAUUCCCAGAUUAUGUUUAUAUUGAUGCACCAGAAACACUUGAUCUUGAAUUAUUAAGAGGAAAUGGAAAGAAACCAGAAGAAGAAUUGUUACCAGAGGAUGGUGAUGUAGUGAUGGGAUCAUCUGAACCAAAAUUCAAUCAAGAAUUGAUUGCUCAGUUGAUGGAAUUUGGAUUCCCACCCGUUCGUUGUCAAAAGGCAUCGAUUGCAGUCCAACACAAAAUGGAUGUCGAUGGUGCUAUGAAUUGGUUGGUUGAACAUUCCGAAGAUGCAGGUAUCGAUGAUCCAAUUCCAGAACCAACAGUUGCCAAGAAAAAGGGAUCUGAAAUGACAUUCAAGGAUGACGAUAUCUCAAUGUUGGGAGCUAUGGGCUUUACCGAUAAACAAGCCAAACUUGCAUUAAAGGCAACUGCCAAUAACGUUGAAAGAGCUGCAGAUUGGUUAUUCAGUCAUAUGGAUGAACUUGACUUGUUGGUAGCUCAAGCUGAAUCUGAAAAUUCAUCUUCAUCUUCAUCAUCAUCAUCUGCUGCUGCCGCCUCUACAGUUGAUCAAUUAAAGAACAAGGUUAAUGAUGGUGCUGCCAAAUACCAUUUGGUUGGUUUCAUCACCCAUCUUGGAAACAAUGUUCAAAUGGGUCAUUACAUUUGUCACGUGAAAAAGAAUGGUAAAUGGGUCAAAUUUAAUGAUCGUUCAGUACAACUAUCUCAACAACCUGCCAAAGAGUUUGGUUAUAUGUACUUUUAUAGUAGAAAUCCUACUUUUUAA